AUGCAGAUCCAGCCUCAGCACGGAGCCCAGCGCAUCCACACGGACAGCAGGACGCUCACGGGCAGAGCAGCGCAGGCAGAGGGGCGGCGGGAGCAUCGCCAGCCUGGGCUCCCUGGGCAUCGGGGCACCCACAGCCUCCCCGCUCCCAGACCGGAGGGUAUUUGCUGGUUUUCUGCAGGCAGAAGACCACGCCGGAGCCAGAUGGACAUGGAUUUAGCCUCCGAGCGGCUGAAUGGCAGAGGUCCCAGCCCGAGAAGCAAAGGCUCCACGGCGCUGGAGUCCUUCAAGAGGAUCGGCAUCCCCAUCCUGGCAGGGGUGCUCAGCCUCGCCUGCCUGGUUGCCGUGGGGUUCCUGGUCAAGGUCUACCUGGACUACCACUACUUCUUCUGCAAACAGCCCCUGAAGCUGGUGUCCCUACAGCAGGUGUGCGAUGGGCACACAGACUGUCUGCAGGGCGAGGACGAAGCCAACUGUCCCCAGUGGGUUCCUGAGGGGCCACCAACUGGUGCCCGUGUUUCCAAAGACAGAUCCAUCCUGCAGGUGCUUAACAGCAACACUGGAGCCUGGUCCUGCGUCUGCCACGACCACUUCAACCCGGCGCUGGCAAAAGCAGCCUGCGAGCAAAUGGGCUACAGGAGCACCCCCACUUUCCAGCCGGUGAGGGCGGGCGCAGGGCAGCCCCUGCCUCCCCGCGAGGUCGUGCUGAGCAACGGCAGCCUCCAGGUGCCCGAGCCGGGCAGGAAGUGCCUCUCCGGACUGGUUGUUUCGCUCUCUUGUUCCAAGGACUGCGGGGAGAGCAUCAGGACCCCGCGGGUGCUGGGGGGCAGCCCGGCCGCCAUCGAGUCCUGGCCCUGGCAGGUCAGCCUGCAGUACAGGAGGGAGCACAUCUGUGGGGGGAGCAUCAUCGACCCCCGCUGGGUCCUGACGGCAGCACACUGCUUCAAGAACAACCCCGUCAUCAAGAGCUGGCGUGUGAAGGCCGGCUCCGACCUCCUCUCGGGCACUGCCACCCUCGCUGUGGAGAAGGUCUUCCUGGCCGAGAUGACGCCCGCGUCUCCCAAGGACAACGACAUCGCCCUGGUGAAGCUGCAGUCCCCCGUGCAUAUCUCAGACAGCCGCAAGCCCAUCUGCCUGCCCUAUUUUGAUGAGGAGCUAGAGCCAGGCACAUCCCUCUGGGUGAUCGGCUGGGGCUACACGCAGGAGCACGGCAAACUGUCAGAGACCCUGCAGCAAGCGGAGGUGCAACUCAUAGACAACAAGAGCUGCAACCUGGCCGGAUACCACGGGGAGGUCACCGAGAAGAUGCUGUGUGCUGGCCUGCCCCAAGGCGGGGUGGACACUUGCCAGGGGGACAGCGGCGGGCCCCUGCAGUUCGCGGGCAGGCACUGGCAGGUGGUGGGCAUCGUCAGCUGGGGCCAGGGCUGCGGGACCCCCAGCACGCCCGGCGUCUACACCAGCGUCCGUGCUUACCUCAACUGGAUCUACGCCGUCCGGAGGUCGGAGCUCUGAGACCUGCCGGGGCACUUCCCUCCCCUCUCCCCAAGCCUCCCUCUCCGUCCCUCCGCGCUCGGCUGCCUCGGCUCCCACAGCAGCUGGGAAAUGGAUCUCAAGCCACGGAAGGUGAGCGGUGCCUC